GAAGUACAUCAGUCGACAUAAGAUUAUAUUUAACACGAAUAUUAUUUUCUUUAAUGAAAUGUUCACUAAAUAUACUUCGGGGAAAGCAGUAAAUAAUUAUGGAUUUAAAUACCAAAAACCGGAAAUCAGCCACACGAAUGAGCAGUACCGUAAUUAGAUAUUUAACCUAAAAGUCAAUAUUUGCUUAUAAAACACCGGGUUAUUUGUCAUUAAACGUUAGAAUGUUAUUUAAAAUUUAAAUAAAUUUAAAAAUAUCUAUAUUGUUCUACUUACAUGUUAUAGGACAUAAUGUGUCAUAAUUUAAGAUCGUUAUUGUACAAAACGAUUUGUCAAGGUUUACAGAAUAACGAGUCCACCAAUUUAAAUAUCAUAUAUACAUCAUUAAGAUUGGAAUUUGAUAAUUCUAGCAAAAAAUUUUAUUUUGCAUUUCCUUUAAGAUCAAAGUACCAUGACAUUCGCAAAGAUGUUCCAAACAUUUUAAAGAAUAAAUCUGAUCGAUUAUUCGAAUAUAUUGAAAGCGUUAAAAAUGAUUCAAAAGAAAUUCAUUUUCAACUCUACAAAAAUCAUUAUAUCAAAGAAUUGCUGGAGUCCUUAAAUCAUAAAAUAACUGCACCAAAUUGUAUAUACGAAACACCAAGUAAUGUAGUUGUUGAAUUCAGCUCUCCAAAUAUUGCAAAGCCUUUUCACGUAGGUCAUUUACGCUCAACUAUAAUAGGAAAUUAUAUUACAAAUAUAAAUAAAUUUUUUAACAACAAUAUAAAAACAAUUAAUUAUUUAGGUGAUUGGGGUACUCAAUUUGGUUAUGUAGGACUUGGCUUAUCUUUAUGUCAAAUAUCAGACGAAGCCAUAAAAAAAGAUCCUAUAAAUGUAUUAUACAAUGCUUAUGUUUAUGCUAACAAAUUAGCAGAGACUGAUGCGACUAUUGCUGAUCGAGCUAGAGAAAUUUUUAAGGACCUAGAGAAUGGAAAUGAAUCUAGUCUUAAACAAUGGAAAGCGUUCAAAAAAUAUACGCUUGAAGAGUUAACAAAAAUUUAUGAAAGAAUAGGGAUCAAAUUUGAUGAGUAUCAAUGGGAAUCUGCAUAUAACAUAAAAGAAAUAAGUAGUUUAAUAUCUGAAAUAAAAAGAUUAGAUCUUCUUUCUAUCGAUAGUAAAGAUAGGACGGUCAUAAAUUUAAAUGAAAAAAGAAUUGUUCCUAUAAUUAAAAGUGAUGGUUCUUCGUUGUAUAUUACAAGAGAUAUUGCAGCAGCGGUUAAUCGAUACGAACAGUAUAAAUUUGAUAUUAUGUAUUAUGUUGUAGACAAUACACAAACUGAUCAUUUUAUAAAUCUAAUAGAAAUUUUAAAUGCUAUGAAAUUAACGUGGGCUAACAAAUUGAAACACAUUAAAUUUGGUAAAAUCAAAGGUAUGAGUACAAGAAAGGGUACUUCUGUAUUUCUACAAGAUUUAUUAAAUGAGAUACAAGCUGUCAUGAAACAGAAACAAAUUCAAAGUCCAAAUACAAAGAUUAAUUUAAACUAUAAUGAUCCAAGCACAGAAAUUUUAGGUCUCUCGGCAGUAAUUAUCAAUGAUUUAAGGCAUAAAAGAAAUCAAGACUAUGAGUUUGACUGGAACAAAGCUCUGGAUAUUCGUGGCGAUAGUGGCAUUAAGUUGCAAUAUACUCAUAGCAGACUAGCCAGUUUGGAAGAAAAUUCUGGAGCUACAAUAGCUUCCGAAUGCAUUCCAUCAUUACUUACAGAACCAGAAGCUGAAAAUCUAAUUUAUUAUAUUGGUAUAUUUGAUGAAGCUUUGAUAAAAUCUUAUCAAAAACUUGAGCCUUACAUACUUGUAAAUUAUUUAUUUCAAUUGAGUCGUGCAACAAACACAGCACUCAAAGCAUUAAGGAUUAAGGACGAACCAACUGAGUUGGCAAAUCAAAGACUACUGCUUAUGUGUACGUCAAGGAAGGUCUUGGCUCAGGGCAUGAAAUUACUCGGACUUACACCACUUAACAAAAUGUAAUUUUUUAUU